AUGGCGGACAGUGGUACGAGUUCCAAUGCGCAGCGGUCUGAAUCCUUCUUCGAGGAUUUCGGCAUCCCGGAAGGCGUCUUCACGACUGUCAUCGACACUUAUUUCCACCACUGUCAUAACCAGCCUUAUUCCUUCUUUCAUGAAGACAACUUUCGCCAAGGCCUGCGAGACCAGAUUAUUCCGAAACAUCUGGUCCUGAGCAUCAUGGCAAUGACCAUCAGAUUCUGCUCUCAUCCACACUUCGCGGCACGGGUCCAUGAGGUCUCUGUAGAUUAUGCUAACAGGGCCUGGAAACUCAUCGUGACCGAUUGUUUCACGAAUGGCAGGGUCGCCGAAGUCUCGACAGUACAGACGGUGGCUCUGCUGGGUCUGUUCGACUUUACAGCCGGCAGAUCACGCCAUGAUUCGGCCUGGGUGAAGGUCGGGCUGGCAGUAAGAAUCGCGCAGGACUGCGGGCUGAUGCUGGAGAAUGCCACGCACCUACCCUUUGCGGAGCAAGAAGAACGACGCCGCGUUUUCUGGUCCGUCUACCUCUUGGAUCGCCUGGUGUCGUGUGGUCGCGGACGACCGCCAGCCAUUGUGGAUGCGUCGUGUCACUUACAGCUUCCGUCCGAUGAGUCAGUAUGGAGACGCGAAUUGUGGUCCAAGACUCAAUCGUUAGACGAGAUGGCAAACCGCACGUUGUCCGUAACGCAGCGGCAGGGCGCCUUUGCCCAAGUCAUAGCCAUCGCACAGAUCCUGGGCCGGACGGCCCAGUACAUGCUGCAGGAUUCCAACAUUCGAAGUUUGCAUCCCCCGUGGGAUCCGGGUUCGGAUUUCGCCGCCAUGGAAUCAGACCUGCUGCACUUUGAGGCAUACCUGGAGAUCCAGGUCCCUCUCAAAGACAUACUGGCUCCGCACAUCUCUGCUGAUGGAGUCGUGGAUUCGCAAUGCACCGGGCCCAUCCUCUUUUCCCGCGCGCUCUUCCACCUCUGUUACUGUUUGCUCCACCACCCGUUCCUGCUGCGCCGACGUAUCGAUACGUGCCGUAACCAGGCCCCGAUAAGCUUCAUGGAACGAUCAUACGAUCUAGGCUGGCACCACGCGCAACAGAUCAUGGCACUCGUUCGCGAUGCACGUGAGUGCGGCUGCUCGUUUCACUCGUCGUCGAGCGGCUACGCUGUCACCGUGGCGGGCUCGAUUAUAGCAUUACGCACCUGCGAUCCCGACCCGCACGUCUUCGAAAAAACACAGACUCUGCUCGACGAGGUUAUCUUGUACCUAGACACCGUUGGCCAGCAUUGGAACAACGUCAUCACCAUGGCCGCGACCAUUCGCAGGAUGGUUUAUAACGGAUUUCUUGGCAGCAGCCUCCGAGACUUGACGCAACCGGUGACAUUCACUGAUGCGGAGGAGGAAACACUUUGGGCCGUUGUGGACUACAACACCAUGUCCAACCAGUGCGAGACAGUCAUGGAUGGGCAGAUGGCUGACGGAAGUGUCCUGCCCAGUUCGUGGGUAGACCUGUUUACAGCGGCCGAUUAUUCAUUAUUCCCACCAUGA